AUGAAAACUAUAGACCUCUUUUGUGCCUCUCCAGCGUCCACAGCCAUAUGCACAAGCAUUGACCAACGUACCAUUGUCCGCCAUGCCACGAGGCCAAUCGAUCGCCACCGUCAUCAUCUUGAUGAUCGAAAAAAAACCCGAGCUCCUGUCCCCCGUUCAUCUCAACCACCCUUUGAUGCCAAGUUCCGUUAUCAAAACAGUAGAUUUCGUUCUGUUAAGAAAAGUGAAUCACGUAGAAAAAGCUCAGCUGACAUACUUGACCUCACCAGUCCUCCUGGUUCCUCUAGGUAUCUCUUAAGCGACACACCCUUCAUUGACUACUCGUCAAAUUCUGAUCAGGUCUCAGCAUUGAUUCCUAGCCAAGCUGUGACUGCUAGGCCCCAGAACUUGCGUUCAAAUGGUUCUCUUGCUUCAAAAUUUUCAACAAAUGGAUCAAAUUAUUAUCCUUCUUUAACAACUUUGUCACCUCUCUCAAAUGACUCUCCUGUUUUAAAAUCUUCAUCAACCCGCUCUCGCCCAAGAAAUCAGGUUGUGGAAUUGAGGGUAUCUAUUCAUUGCAAGGGCUGUGAAGGAAAAGUGAGAAGGCAUAUCUCCAGAAUGGAAGGAGUGACAUCUUUUAAUAUAGAUUUGGCCACAAAGAAAGUGACAAUAGUAGGGGACGUGACCCCUUUAGGCGUGCUCGCAAGCGUCUCACGGGUGAAAAAUGCAGAAUUUUGGUCGUCUCCAACUUCAUCAUCUUCUUCAUCUUCAUCUCCAAUGGCCGGCCUGAUAUACUAA